UUCGAGGAAAUGCAACAAAUAUAGUAGUAGGUCGUGACGAUAUUGUGCACGCUUUCAAUCUCCUAUUUCUACCCCCUUCUUUUUCUUUCUCUUUCAAUCACCUGUUCGUGUCACUCUUGUUCUCAUUCUACACCUUCAGGUUGAUUUGAUUUUCUUUGUCACUCGGUAUAACAAAAUGGCCACAGCAGCAGCUACAAACAUGGCAUCUGCUUCAGUUGCAUCUUAUAAUGUGAAGGUAGGAAUGGUCCAAAAAAUGAAGCCAUCUGGUCUGCAGAUGAAAUCCACCUUUGAUUUUGGGAAUUUUAGUGGUCUCAAAGCAGCAGCAUCUGUAAGCUGUGAAUCAGAUUCAUCUUUCUUUGGAAAAGAUGGUGUUGCUGCUCUGCGUAAUUCUUUCAAAACAAGAGCCGUGAGAGAAAACACUCAAUCUGUUACCUCUCUACAGCCUAAGGUUGAAGCAUCUUUCAAAGUGGCUGUCCUUGGAGCAGCAGGAGGAAUCGGUCAGCCAUUGGCACUCCUUGUCAAGAUGUCCCCACUAGUUUCUAAUCUCCAUCUUUAUGAUAUUGCUAAUGUCAAGGGAGUUGCAGCUGACAUUAGUCACUGUAAUACACCCUCAGAGGUGUUACCUUUUACUGGCCCUGAGCAGUUGGGAGAUGCCCUGAAAGGUGUAGAUGUGGUUGUGAUCCCGGCUGGAGUUCCCAGAAAACCAGGGAUGACUCGAGAUGAUCUCUUUAAUAUCAAUGCUGGUAUAGUGAAAAGUUUGGUCGAAGCUGUUGCUGACAACUGUCCAGAUGCCUUUAUUCACAUAAUAAGCAAUCCAGUGAAUUCAACUGUGCCUAUUGCUGCAGAGGUGCUGAAACAAAAGGGUGUUUAUAAUCCUAAGAAACUCUUUGGUGUAACUACUCUGGACGUUGUUAGGGCUAACACAUUUGUUGCUCAAAAGAAGAAUUUAAAACUCAUUGAUGUUGAUGUCCCGGUGAUCGGUGGACAUGCUGGUAUAACCAUAUUGCCAUUGUUAUCUAAGACAAGACCGUCCGUGAGCUUUUCUGAUGAAGAGGUAGAAGAACUAACCGUAAGAAUUCAGAAUGCUGGGACAGAGGUUGUGGAAGCCAAAGCUGGGGCUGGUUCUGCCACACUGUCUAUGGCAUAUGCUGCUGCUAGAUUCGUCGAGUCUUCUCUACGUGCUCUUGACGGAGACUCAGAUGUCUACGAGUGCUCGUUUGUGCAGUCAGAGUUAACUGAGCUUCCCUUUUUUGCAUCGAGAGUUAAGCUAGGAAAGCAGGGGAUUGAAGCUUUUGUCAAUUCUGAUCUGCAAGACCUGAGCGACUAUGAGUCCAAUGGUCUUGAAGCUCUCAAGCCAGAGCUAAAGGCCAGCAUUGAGAAGGGUAUGGCUUUUGCCAACAAACAACCCGUCACUGCUUAAGUUGUCUUUUAAAAUUGAUCAAUGAUAUGAGAAUGCUUAGAACAAUGUGAUGUUCAAAUGUUAGAUUUCAUCGAUGCUCUCAUUUUUGUAGCCUAUAGUUUAAUUUUCGUAGGGGAUAAACUUGAGUAUGAGGCGUUAAUGCUAUUUUAGAGAUGGCGGUGGAGAAACUUGUGAUCUGUGUUACGAGAAAAUGUGUGUUAUGUUGUGGUUGAUGUUCAUUUUGCAGUAUCCAUCUUCAUGCACUGAUUGCUGUGUUUUGUUUGCUAUGUUUGAUGUAUGUAAACUCAGCAGAGCAGUUCUCUCUCAAUCAUAAAGCCCUGGCUUGGGCAGAGUUUUGAAUAAUUUGUAUUUUGCUUAGUCCUAAUUUCAUAGCUGAUUGGUCAUCCAAACAUUCUUAUACCCUUCCAUCUUUUAUACAUGAGUGUAUGACAAAACCAACACAAAGUUAUUUUCUUUUAUUUUCUCUUCAAUAUAUGUGACUUUAAAACUUUCUUACUCUAUGUCCCAUAGUGAUUGCUAUAACCGAUUUAUUCAAAUGAGAACUUUUUAAAGUCAAUCAUAUCAAUAUCGAUUGGACGGAGUACCAAAAAAUUAUGAUUGUAACUCUCCAUGUAAGUCACCUCUAUUAAACUUUAUGCUUAACAUCUUGAUCGGUAUUUUCAAUUAUGUGAAAAGUUAAGCUAAUAAACUUAAAACACUCAUUUAUAAGGCUUACCCCUUCGUAUCCAACUUAAUAAAACUUCGGCCAAUGAGGGCUUGAUUGCAUACAAACACCGAGGUUAGAAGUUUGUGUUAGACGGCUACUAAUUUGCCAAGUUUAACCAUAUUUUUUUCUAUGCAUAAUCCAAAAUAUACUCUCC